CCCGCCCACUCCGGCGCUCUUCUGUCUUUCCGGACCUGGCUGAGCAGGCGGCGCCAUUAUGGGAGUCGACAUCCGCCACAACAAGGACCGAAAGGUUAGGCGCAAGGAGCCCAAGAGCCAGGACAUCUACCUGAGGCUGUUGGUGAAGUUGUACAGGUUCCUGGCCAGACGAACCAACUCCACCUUCAACCAGGUUGUGCUGAAGAGGUUGUUCAUGAGUCGGACCAACCGGCCGCCUCUCUCCCUCUCCCGGAUGAUCCGCAAGAUGAAGCUUCCUGGCCGGGAGAACAAGACAGCUGUAGUGGUGGGGACCGUCACCGAUGACGUGCGGGUUCUGGAGGUGCCCAAGCUGAAGGUGUGUGCACUGCGUGUAAGCAGCCGGGCCCGCAGCCGCAUCCUCAAGGCUGGGGGCAAAAUUCUUACCUUUGACCAGCUGGCCCUGGACUCCCCCAAGGGCCGCGGCACCGUCCUGCUCUCUGGUCCCCGCAAGGGCCGGGAGGUGUACCGGCAUUUUGGCAAGGCCCCAGGAACCCCACACAGCCACACCAAACCCUAUGUCCGAUCCAAGGGCCGGAAGUUCGAGCGAGCCAGAGGCCGACGUGCCAGCCGAGGCUACAAAAACUAACCACGGAUAUUAUCCCAUUAUUAAAGAUUUUGGAAGCCCA